GAAGUGUUUUUGCUGCUGAAACGUAACUGCGGACAGGACUCACAGGCUGGAAUGUGGUGUGACAGUCCUGGAUGUUUUACGUCCAACAUCCACAUCCACUCUGACUGUCGCGUCUGCCCGUCAGAGUGGACUGCAGGCUUUGGUGGGUUUAUGUGCUCCACGAGGGCCCUGCCAGUUCAUGUUGGGUUUUAUUGUAUGUCACUUUUUGCAUGCAGUGUGGUGACAUGUGAUCUCUUUCGGCACCCGUAAAAGUCACAUUUGAGACAGUUGUGAGGGUAGGAUAAUAAAAACGUAAAUAGGUUUGGUAAACGUGUUCAGACCUCCCGUCCAGCAGAGGGCGGUAAGUUUUACCCACUCACAGGCUUACUGUGCAUGCGUACAAAGUAACCCGGAAGUGAAGCCGAUAAACAACCGAGCACGACGCUUCGAGGAGAGACUUUUUGCUGUUUUCAUCGCCGCUCAGACUGUUGAUAAAAUGUCUAAAAUCGAGAUGCUGAGGCUGCUGAUCAACCAGCGGCUCACCGCGGCCGCCGAGGAGAUCUUCAGGGUGUUCGGGAGGACCAUAGCCGAGUACGAAGAGGAGAUCUCCCGCUCCAAGCUGGAGAUCGACCGCCAGCGUCGGCUGCUGGACCUCACCAGGAAGCCGCAGAUAUCCGUGGAGGUCAACAGUUCAGCUCUCUGCGAGCCGCUGGAGUGGAGCUCCAGUCUGGACCUGAACGAGACAAAGUCUCCUCACAUCAAAGAGGAGGAGGACGAGCUGUGGCCGCCUCAGCAGGAGGAGACGACGGAGCAGAACAGCGUCAAGUUCGUGUUGUUCCAGAGCGGCGGCGUGGGGAGCAAGCAGGACGAUGACCAGAUGACCUCCUCGCUCUCAAAGGACUCGGAGCUGGACCAACAGCCGGGCCCCUCGGCCCAGCAGACCUGCUCAGACCUUGACGAGGAUGCCCCCGAAGCGUCAGAUCCAGCUUUGCGUAACGGUCAGCUCGACAGUGUCGAGCUGGAGGGGUCGCUGUCUGAGGUGGUGGACUCGUACAUUUGCACCAUCUGCGGGCGGGCGUUCGCUCAGCGUGGUCACUGGGCCAAACACGUGCAGGUUCACCGCAAGGUCGAGAACAAAGUCGACAAGUCGUACACGUGCGACAUCUGCGGGAAGAGGCUGACGCGCUUCGACGGUUAUCAGAAACACUUGAGGAUCCACACGGGUGAAAAGCCGUACUGCUGCGACGAGUGCGGCCGCAGAUUCAGCGACAACUCGAACUACAAGCGGCACAUUCGCACACACACGGGACCGAAAACGCAGCAGAGCUGAGGCGGCGGGACGAGGACCGAAGCUUCGGCAGGAGGUUUCGUGGACAGAAAACACUCUGAUGUGGAUAAAUGUGAACAUUUUUCUCAUUGCUUAACUCUGGUUCAUUUUCUUUAAUUUUAUUGUCCGUUCUGUUCUAAUGAAGCCGUUCCAGAAACCGGCAGUUUUACCACUUUUUCCAUAAUCAAAGAGGCAAAAGAUUUCCAAGCUUCACCUUCACACCUCGAUUCCACCGGGCAGGCCGUGACGCGGUUUGUUCUGUCCUCUGCUGUCCUCCUGUGGGUAAGUAUGUGGUUUAGGACUGGCAGUCUGCGCAGGAUGUCUUCUUGACAUGAACUCGAUGACGUUACAGUGUCCCACUUCCUGCAUAGGUCAGCUUGUCAUGUUGUCCUUUGCAUGUGUUUUAAGAGGAGCUCGACUCAGAGCUCGCUGGAGGGAUCGCAUAUCCCGUUUGGCCUGGGGCCGCCUCGGGGUCCCUCGGGAGGAGGCUUGGAAUCCCUGCUGCCUGCUGACCAGACCAGACCAGACUCCUGCAUGGACAUUUCAUCGUGGACAGACAAAUAGAUGGGAACCUUCAGCAUGUUAUUGGAUUUCUCAUAUUUAUCCUCACUUGUGUGGACAGAAGAGACAUGUUCAGUAUUUUCAUACGUGAGAUAUUUAAACAGGCGGUUCUACACUGGAGGAAAUGUUGCAGUUAUUUUUAUACGUUACUGUUCGUCAGGCCCUGCACACGUCUGCAGCACAGACGGUCCUGUCUUUCGCUCAGGACUGCCAACUCACUACUGCAGAGUCUUUGUGGGGCUUCUGUUUGGGGCACCAGGGGGUCGAAUAGUCCUGACUGUCAGCAGUGAAUCAGCUUUUAACAGGACUGUAUGACUUUUACUGAAGUAAUAAAAUCACGUCACAAAUCA